AUGCAAGGAUACAAAAUAUUAAUGAUUGGGCCUCCUUUGGCAGGGAAAGGGACUCAGUGCAAGAUACUUUCGAGUCGCAUGGGGAUUCCGCACAUCUCAUCUGGUGAUAUACUGCGAAGCGAAAUGGAAAAGGACACUGAGCUGGCACGGUACAUUAAAAAACAAUUGAAUGCAGGGAAGUUUGUAAGUGACUCUGUAAUUAGAGACCUAAUCAAUGCGCACAUAAACAGUGUGGAGGGCGGAUUUAUUCUUGACGGAUAUCCUAGGACAGAAGAGCAGCUUGACUCGAUUGACUUCCACUAUGAUAGGAUACUGUUCCUUGACACACCCAUGGAUUAUAUUAUGGAGAGAGUAGAGGGCCGCCUCUGCCAUCUUUCAUCAGGCAGGAUUUAUCACAAAAAGUACAACCCACCAAAAGUUCCCGGGUUGGACGACGUCACAGGGGAAAAGCUUGUAAAACGAGAAGACGACCGGGUGGAGCUAAUUAAAGGGCGCAUCCUGGACUUUAUUGAGAAAACAGGAAAGGUAAUUGAAAAGGGAAUUAAGACAAACAAGCUUGCGCGAAUUGAUGGAAGCCAGCCGAAAGACAUGAUAUCUCAGAUGAUAUUGGAGGAAGUUCGCAAAAUAGAACCAGAGCAGCACAGGCCAAACACGACCCAGACCAAGUAA